GGCGAUGCAAGUCGGAGGCAGCGUAGACUCCGCGGCUCCUCCCUCGGCCGGCUCCUGCUGCAGCGCGGGGCGAGGCGCAGAAGCGGGUUCCAGCCCCCUCCGCUCCCCACAGCCUUGCACCUUCCCUGGCGCCCGGCUGGGGAGACCGGGAGCCCCGCGCCCCCUGCACCGACCCUGGCUGGCGCUGCGGAGACUGGGACCCUGGCGCUAGAGCCCUCACAUCGCUGCAGCUUCGGGGGCAGCUCGGGCCUCGCUUCUCGGGAGCCUGCCUUGGAACUGCCCUGGGCAGAGGCUGCAGUGCAGAGCCGUUGCCCCAUCCCGCUGUCUGCACCUGGACCGGCUGCUGCUCCCUCCCUCUUCGCACCAAGCUCCUCCAUGGGCUUCCGGCGGCUUCUGUCUGGUCAUUAAUCUUCUAGGAGCCACUAAGUUUUGUCUAUCUGGCGCCUGAGCAUCCCGCCUGCCGGAGAUGGGUUAAUAGGGGACUCGCCAUGGGGGAAGUGGCCUGUCGUGCCCUGCCCUGCAGACCGCCCGGGACUAGGGCCAACGCGUGGCUGGCUGUAGCCAGCAGCUGCUGGGUGCAGGAGUCUUGAACCCCACAGUCUUAUGGAUAACAUUUAAUUGACUCUACGCUCAGCUCUGCCUGGCAGGAUUCCUGUUUGCUGGGUAUCUCCUCCUCCCCCACCUUUUGUUUGGCUGCUGCCUAGAUGUCAACAUAAGGGGUGUUUGGGGAUUGAAACACCAUCCCAGCAUUCAAGUUAAGUGAACCCAGCUCAGUCCCUAGGCCUGAGGGAGUGGGGAUGGUAGCAGGGCAAGUCCCUGCUAAGCAGGGCUGUCUGGUGAGCCUGGAGCCGGAGCGCUCAGCUCGGGGAAGAGUGGUCCAUUUUUACCCUCUUCUCGGUAGUGGAAGCUGGGGAAAGUCUCUGGAGCUGGGAGCGUCAAUGUUGCCUGAGAACCCUUCACUGGGAGAGAGGCGAACUCAGUGUUUCCUAGCUGGUCUGUGACCCUCUCCAAACUCCCUGGGGAGAGAACUGGAUUUGAGGAUGCUCCUAAACCCAAUUGGGAGGGUGGAUGAGACACUUCUAUCCCAUCAAGCCUGGCUGCUCCCCUUUUCCAGUAUCUCCUCUGGUUUCAGAGCCCUGGCCUGGAGAGGGCAGCUCCCAUCACGUCUCUGUGUCUUUAUGGAGCAAAACAUUUACCUGCAGGUCUGACCCUGGGUGCCUCCAACCUCAGCUCCAUGCAGUCCUUGGAGCUGCUUUCAGGGAUGGCAGAAGACAGUGGGACACCCAGGUUCUGAGAAGAUGUUCCGUGUCAGGUGAGGAGUAUUGAGCCAGAUGUUCUCCGCCCCGGGCAGGAUGCUGAGACGGAGGAUCCCAGGGGAGCUUGUUCUGUGACUGAGAAGAGUUGGAUCCAGACUGGCCUUGCCAAAGUGCUUGAGGCUGGUACAGUGAACCCCAAAGUCAGAAAGCAGGGUCCCCAAUCCCGCCUGAUCCAGAAUCCCCACUCCCAGCUCCAGGGUGGAUGGGGCAGCACGUGGCCAGCUCAGAGCAGUAGGAACAGAGAGAACGGAACAAAAACUGCACAGAUUUCAGCCAGAAAAGCAAGUGUCGCUUGAUCUGGUCCUGGCUGCUUUUCUGGGCAGGCCAGCCAGCCCCACAUUGUGACUGUUGCACCCUUUGGCAUCAGUUCCGUUAACUGCACCAGGCUUCCCAUGCACCACCUGGGCCAGAACUCUGUCUUUUCCUGACCUGGAAACGAGUCAUGCCAUCAACCAGCGACUCCAGCUAUUCCCUGACUGGCCGCUCCUCCCGCAGCAUCACCCAUCUCCGAGUGCAGAGGACCUGGCUGCAGAUCCUGCUGGUGCUGGGCUUCAUUCAGGUCAUCCUGGGCAUCCUCAUCAUCACCUUCAGCCUUGUGGCAGCUACCAUCACGCCCUCCACCAAGGUCCGGCACUCCUGUCCCUCCUGGGCCGGCUUCUUGCUGGCGCUGUCCGGGCUCGUCGGCAUUGUCUCCUGGAAGCGGCCCUUCACCCUGGUGAUCACCUUCUUCACGCUGCUCUCCGUGCUGGGCAUCAUGCUGAGCCUCGCUGGCUCCAUCCUCUCCUGCCAGAAUGCUCAGCUGGUGAAGUCCUUGGACGCCUGCACUAGGGAGAAAGACUCCUGUGUCUGCUGCCAGGUCCUCUCUGAGUACCCAUCCAUGGGACCUGCCUGCAGCAGACAGGGCGAGACACUGACCAUGUUCCCCAGCCCUGACUGCCGGAGCGUCCGCAUGGCUCUGAAGGAUCUUCUAUUCAGUGUUUGUGGCCUAACCAUCUUCUCCACCGUUGUCUGCACGCUCUCAGCUGUCAUGUGCUGCAUCCAGAUCUUCUCCCUGGACAUUAUCCAUGUGCUGGCCCCGCAGCGCUCCAGUUCGGUGACCCUGGAGUGCACAUCGCCCCCAGACCCCUUCCUGCAGAACAUGAUGGACUUGGAGGAGUUUGUGCCCCCGGUGCCACCGCCCCCGUACUAUCCACCAGAGUACACCUGCAGCUCCGAGACCGAUGCCCAGAGCAUCACCUAUAACGGCUCCAUGGACAGCCCUGUGCCUCUCUACCCUACCGACUUCCCCCCAUCCUAUGAGACUGUCAUGGGACUCCGGGCAGUCAGCCAGGCCACGCUGUUUGAUUUGCAGCUCACGGAUCUGUCGCACGGCUGCACCUGCGACCACGUCCCCUCCAUCGUGCUCAGUGGGGAAGCGUCCAUGGAUAGUGGCUCCCUGGUCAUGUCCGAGAUCAUCGACAUCCCUGGCGACAGCAGCCCCUCGGAAGACUCCUGCCUGCUGGAGCUGCAGGGCUCCAUGCGCUCGGUGGACUACGUCCUCUUCCGCUCCAUCCAGCGCAGCCGCGCAGACUACUGCCUGAGCAUGGACUGCGUGCAGUGUGGCCACCAUCCCCACAGCCCCACGCUGGGCCUGCAGGGCCCCUUCGAGGAUAUGCCCCGGCCCCGGGUGCGGGGGGAGCGCUCUUACUCCUGCUCCACCCCUGAUCCCAGUUACGACAGGCUCCUGGAGCCAGGCGGGGCCAUCACCCACAGCUGCAAUCGUCUGGAAGGGCUGGCUCGCUGCGCUGGGCCCUGCUUCCCUGAGGUGCGACUCAAGGGCAAGACCUUGCUGCCAGGGCAUCAGGGCACCAGCUCCACUGGCUCCCUGUACUCAGAUCGCGGGCACCGCGGCCGUCAGCGACGCAACAGUGAGACGUCCUGCCUGCUGGGCCCAGCCCGGGGCCUGAGCCAACGGCCGCUCGUGCGGUCGCACAGCGACCCCGGCAUUGCUGUUGCCGGUGAUCCUGUCGACUUGAGGGAUCUGCUUUAUACCAAAGCGCUGGAGGAUGAUGCAUCCAAUUCUUCUGCAGAUACAGGACUGUGCUCUGAGGCCUGCCUGUUCCGGCUCUCGCACUGCGACUCGCCCCAGCUCCUCCGGGCCGCCUCUGCCAGGAAGAACCAGCUGCCAGUGCCCAAGAAGGUGACACAGCAGCUGUCGAAGGCAGCAACACGCUCCCUGGGGGAUCUGAAGGUUUGUCGUGGUACCCGGGGGCUGCUGGCCAGGUUCCUGCAGAGAUCCAAGCGCAGCCUGGCGUCUGGUGUGGAGAUGGCUGGGCAUGGCUCCCAGGGCCACAAACAGGUGCCCUGGAGCCCGUGGCAGGCAGAAGAGCACACGCUGCCAGAAGGGAUUCACUUGCAGAGCUGUGGGGACCUGAGCUCCACCUCCUCGCUGCGUCGCCUCCUGUCUGCCCGCCGGCUGGAGCGCAGCCGUCCGCACAGCCUCAACGGGGUCUACAAAGAGAGCAUCCUCUGAGGGGAGCCGCCACGUUGCCCUCAGCCUUGUCUGACCCCCCUCAUGCCCAAGCCCAGCUGGGAGUCUCCACCAGCAUCAGGCUCUCUACCUGGGGUCCACAGCGAGAACUGGAAGCAGCCGGGGCAGGCCUUCCCCCCGGUGCUGGGCUGGCUCAUUCCCUGCAGACAUUCCUCACUGCCAGGUGACAGUGGGAGAAAGCACAAGCUGAGGACACAAACGCAGAUUGCCAAGGGCAGAGCAUCGUGGCCUGGUUCGGCAGAUCUCCAUGUGGGACUCUGGGAAGGAGGAGGUGCUGCAGUCUGUAGAUUGCAUUGGGGACUGGGGAACAUGGACACAGCCUGCUUUGUGCUGAGAGGCAGUGCCUGCCCCCGUGCUCACUCCGAGGGGCCAGCGUACUUUGGGGUGUUCCUGGGGUGAAGCCCUUGCUGUAUAUUGGACAGGGCUAUUGCGCAUUGUGUGUGUGUGAGGGGAUGUCCAUACAGGCCCUCCUUGUAGUAAUAACCCAAGAGCAGGGGCUGAGCCUGGUCCUGCCUCCUGCUCUGCAGUCUGCUGGUUCAGACGCUAACAUGGUUCCCAGGGUGAGGAAGCUGGGCUCAAUGUGCCCGGUGAUGUCCUCCCACGACAGGCUUGUGCCUCAUGUGGCCCCUGCCUUCAGGGAAUGCUCGCCAUCUGUGCCAGGGAGAUUGAGCCCAACUCAGUCCUGCUCCCCUUAGAUGCUAUGCACUCCUUUCUGGAGUGGGCGAAGGAGGGGCCGGGCAGACCAAGCUGGGCUUCCCUACAACUGCCCUCCUCUUCUGGCAAGUCCGCA